GGGGAAUUUGUGGCCCAUAGGGGAAGCAUUCCCUUGUUUGUUUAACCUAAUUCAGUGGAGAGAGAGAGAAAAAAGAGAGUGUGUGAGAAUCGAAUGUUGAGAGUUGUGAGAUCUUCCGCUUCCAGAUUCCUAACCACAGCCCGUCUUGGGACAAUUUCACCCUUUGCUUCUCGUUUCUCCUCAGUUCGUUCUAUCUCUGAUGCUGCUCCUUUCCAGAAAGUCCAGAUUCCAAUGGUAGAUAUAGACACUAAAUUUGAUGCAUAUGUUGUUGGCAAGCACGACGCUCCUGGAAUUAUUGUGCUUCAGGACUGGUUGGGUGUAGAUUAUCAUGUCAAAAAUCAUGCUUUGAGGAUUUCUCAGCUUGGGGGUGGAUUUAAAGCUCUUAUUCCAGAUCUGUACAGAGGAAACGCAAAGCAAUUGUUUCAUGGUAUUGAUUGGGUAGAUUGUGUGAUGGGUAUUAUAUCUACAACUAAGUGGCUUAAAACCAAUGGCUCAAAGAAGGUUGGUGUAAUUGGCUUUUGUUUGGGGGGUGCUCUUGCUAUUGCCAGCUCUAACUUGGUUAGAAAUCUUGAUGCUGCCGUAGCUUUCUAUGGCUUUCCCUCUUCUGGGCAUGAAGACCCUGCCCUAGCCGAUUCUCCUCUUCAGGCUCACUUUGGGGAGUUGGACAAUUUUGUUGGCUUUUCAGAUGUUAAGACUGCCAAGAAAUUUGUGGAAGAAUUGAAAAUGGGGGAAUCUAUAGAGGACCCUAUAGCUCCGUAUGAAGUCCACAUAUAUCCUGGCGUCGGACACGCAUUUAUGAACAGAUCUCCAGAAGGAAUUAAGAGGCGGAACAACAUGGAGUUGCCUCAUGAUGAUGAAGCUGCAGUUCAACUGGCUUGGUCUCGCGUCGAGACAUGGAUGACAAAAUACUUGGCUAGUUAACCUCGAUAGAUGAGAGUCCAACAAUACAAUUAAGGCUUUAUUAUUUGUUAUUGUUGUGCUUGAUGUUUCCUUUAAAUUACAGUGGAACCGAUGCUGGGGAUCCAUUUGGUA